AUGACAGGGGGCCAAUAUUCUUUGGUGUGGCUUAAGGAAGCAAGUGGGGACCAUACAGAAACCUUGGAGUUGGAGUAUGACCCAAACUGUACAACUUACAAGGAUCUGUUGAAAAUAUUUUGGAAAAAUCACAACCCUACAGCAGUCCAUAAAGCUCAGUACAUGUCAGCCAUUUUUUAUCACAACGAGGAUCAGAAACAACUUGCAGAGGAGACUCGUGAGGAACAUCAGAAGAUAGUCAAAAGAAAGAUAGUAACAAAGAUCCUUCCAGCAAACACGUUCUACGUAGCUGAACAAUACCAUCAAAAGUACAUGCUGCGACAGCACCCCUUGCUGCUGAACAGUCUGGGCUUAAAUGACGAAGAGCUGAAGAAGUCUCGGGUUGCAGCUCGUUUAAAUGGUUAUGUUGGAGGUUAUGGUUCCAUAAAGAGCUUUGAAGCUGAAGUGGAUGGGCUAAAGUUAAGUAAUCAGCAAAUAGAAAUGUUGAAAGAGAUCAUAGAGAGAAGAAGAUUCUAAAUCCAAGGUUUAAGUUCAGAAAGACUCUGUACUACAAAGGAGUUGCAGCUCUCUGUCAUGAUUUGUACUUCCUUAACAUUGUAGCCUGGAUUGAUUUUUUAAGUUGGCAAUUGUAAAUCAUGUUAAUAUUUACCACUGUUAGCUAUUUCCUUCCCUUUUUAGUCAAUUCUUACCUUGUUGGUAUUCGUCUAUCUGAGCAAAUGAUUCUUUCAAUUUUUCAUGACACGUAAUAAUGAUUCUCUUUGAUAUUCAAGCUGGCUUCAAGGAAGAUAUUGUGAUACAAAAUUAUUUUUGUUGACAGAACCAUUACUUUGGAGCACUGUAUUGAAUUAAGUUUCCAACCAUCUCAUGUCAGUAUAAAGUAUUGAUGCAUACUUAGUACUCAAUGUGAUAUCCCACUUCUUAUGAAGUCCUGUAAUUUAAACUGGGAAACAGUCUACAGGGUGGAUGUUGUGAAAUUACUGUGGGUAACUUUGAGUCUACUAGGUACUAAUUGUAGAUGGGAAAUUUUAAGUUUGUGCACCUGUAUUAGUAUGGGGUUCCUGAAGUAAACUUGAGAGUCAGAA